CCGCCUCCCGCCGGCUUAUUACACCCGGGAGCAGCGCCGCGCCGAACCCGCCACCAACGCCGCUGCUGCGGGAUGCUGCGCUCCACGUCCACGGUCACCCUGCUCUCAGGCAGCAGCUCCGGGGCGCCCAGCAGGAGGGCAAAUGUCUGCAGACUACGGCUGACUGUGCCUCCCGAGAACCCAGUGCCUGAGCCGAGUGAAAAGAAGGUUGAAAGAAGAGAGCAGCAUCGUGACCUGAGCAAUGGAGAAUCGACCAGGAAACUCCCUCAGGGUGUUGUCUAUGGUGUGGUGCGAAGAUCAGAUCAAAACCAGCAGAAAGAAAUGGUGGUGUAUGGGUGGACCACCAAUCAGCUGAAAGAAGAGAUGAACUACAUCAAAGACGUGAGAGCCACUUUGGAAAAAGUAAGAAAGAGAAUGUAUGGAGACUAUGAUGAAAUGAGACAGAAGAUUCGACAGCUCACCCAGGAACUGUCAGUUUCACAGGCAAAGCAGGACUACCUGGAGAAUCACAUCCAAACCCAGUCGUCAGCCCUGGACAGUUUUAAUGCCAUGAACGCGGCAUUGGCGUCAGACUCCAUCAGCUUGCAGAAAACCCUCGUGGAUGUUACUUUGGAGAACAGCAACAUCAAGGAUCAGAUCAGAAAUCUGCAGCAGACGUACACAGCCUCCAUGGACAAGCUGCGGGAGAAGCAGAGGCAGUUAGAUGCAGCGCAGGUUGAAAACAAGCUGCUGAAAAUUAAGGUGGAAUCCUCCCAACAAGCCAACGCGGAGGUGAUGAGAGAGAUGACCCGGAAGCUGUACAGCCAGUACGAAGAGAAGCUGCAGGAGGAGCAGCAGCGGCACAAUGCGGAGAAGGAGGCUCUCCUGGAAGAAACCAAUAGUUUUCUGAAAGCCAUUGAAGAAGCCAAUAAAAAGAUGCAGGCGGCAGAGAUCAGCCUCGAGGAGAAGGACCAGAGGAUCGGGGAGCUGGACAGGCUGAUUGAGCGCAUGGAGAAGGAACGCCAUCAACUUCAACUUCAACUCCUGGAGCAUGAAACAGAAAUGUCAGUGGAAAUAACUGAUUCUAACAAAGAAAGGUAUCAGCAGCUGGAGGAGGCGUCAGCCAGCCUCCGGGAGCGGAUCCGACACCUAGAUGACAUGGUGCAUUGCCAGCAGAAGAAAGUCAAGCAGAUGGUUGAGGAGAUCAUGUCCCACGAGCUCUUCUCCAGAUUUAGUCUCCGGCUGUUUGGAAGAUAACAAAAUGGUAGCCUGCUCCGGGUUGGAAGUAGUUGCUUUCAUUGUUCGUGGUUAGAAGAACACUUGUACUCUCUCUGCUGGGAAGAGGUGGUGUGUAUGUGUGAUGAGCGGAUGAACAAAACACGAAGGACAUGCUAUUGAAAGGAAAAUGCGAUGACGUAGGGCUCUUAUUGGUGGAAACACCCGCAUUCUGUAACCUCAGCUUCUAUGGCCUGACACUACAGAGUCAAGAGAACUCCAAGACCCACAGAGUAUUUCUAGCAACAUGGGUUCCUAGACAUCAAAGAAGGAACUGUGGUGAAAGAUAGUACUAAAAUAUAAUUUAAAAGUGCCAGGUGGAGGCUGGUCCUAAGAUCUUGGAGAUUGAAGCCUUAUUUAUGGAAAAGCUAUCAAGGACACCUGCCAAGGAGAUGGGAAGCAGCCUCGAAGAACUCCAGUGCUCCGGGAGGAAGUGCUCCCCACCUGAUCACACCCCAGGAAAUACAGAAGCAGCCAAGUGUCUCUGUCGCUUGAUUAUAUUUGUAUGUGGGAAGUGGCCCUGAGGAUGUCUUGCUGAAUCAAGAUACAACACUAGUCAACUUAGCACUCUCCUUGUUUAAGUACAUUUGGUUUGCUUCCAUCACCAUGAAUACACAGCUCAACUCACUUCAUGAAAAGAAGUACAUCUGAUGAAAAGAGAAAUGUAUUUGGCUGAAAUGUCCAUAAUGUCUUACGGGAAAACCUGAACAAACUUUUUGACUCACCCAAUAUAUUGACGUGAAAUAUCCUUCAUGCAUGCUAUAUUUUUAUAGAGGCCUUGAGACAGCCACAGGCCCUGGUAUCUCAACUAAACAGUGUUGCUGAGAAUUGUAGUAGCAGCAGCGGUAAUAAUAGUCAGUGGGUGGUAUUAGCCUAGUAUUGGAGUGGGUUCAUCAAGGGGGUGGGUGUCAUUUAGACGUUGGGUAGUUUUUUCCACUCCAUCCACUUCUCUGUGGCCAAGUGGGCAGGUCGUUGGCUUUGGUCCUCCGUUUAGAUGUUUCUGUGCAGCAGAAAGGGAGCACAUGGAUAACUUCGCACUUGAGUAGUGAACUGGUAAUGUAGUUUUACUCUCCGCCAGUGUUGUGUUUGAAUGCAGAUCCCUAGAUACUCUGCUGGGUUUCCCAACGUCCACCAGGGAGCUUGGAGUCGGAUCUGAGAAUUGCUCAUCUAGAUCACUGUACCAUAGGGACCUACAUUGUUUCUAGAGAUUCCAUUACUGCCCUCGUGUUUUUCAAAGUCCGUGGUGGAAAAGUUAUUAGCAUUUGUUCUAGUGGAGCAGACUUGCUACUCAGCUUCAAAAAGUGAAAUAAUAUCAAACCAGGGAAUGUAAUGACUUCUGGAGAAAGUGGGGCACCCAUGUGGGCCUCCAUCCUAGGACUGUGUGCUCUUGCCCUGCCCUGGGAGUUCCUUCUCUCUUUUGGGCCCUGGGUAGUGUCCUGGGGCCAGGUGAGCCUUCUGUUGUGGGGCAGAGAGUGAGUGAGGGGCUGAGACCGUCUGUGAGACCCUGAGAGUGCCUCCGAAAUUUUGCCUUAACUAGAUGACCCAAGCACCUCCGCCUUGGCCUGAUGCUGGCUCCUGGGCUGAUUGGGGACCUCCUUAGAUCUGGGUCCCCUGCCUUUCAGGACCUCCCCCCAUCUGCUCCUCCUUGCCUUUGCCCAUGUGCCUCAGUUUACCACUCCUGCCAGAACAGCGAUAUGGUGUGAACUUGACUUACUACAUCAAACAUGAGUUAGGUGCUCAAACCCUGCCCCCCCGCCCCCACUCACACUACCACCCCAUUCCCAACCCUUAAUUGGAUCCUAAGCCUUGAACUCUUUUUUAAGGCUAUACUUUUGUCCUAGGGCUGCUCACACUCCUACCCCAAGGAGAUACUACUCAUAAGCUGAGGCCGAAUUUACAGUAAUUGAAAAUGUUACAGUUUUCAAUUCUGGUGUUUAACACUGUAUUAGUCACUUCUUGAUUUAAAAAUCUUAGAUGCUUGAUGUAAAAUGUGAAGGUUUUAGAAGGUGUCAGAAAGCUCACACAGAUGUAAACCUUUUUUCUAUGCAUUAUUGAAAUAUUGCAGGUUCAUGGUAUUGCUGGUACUGGUUAAUGUAUUCACGAUUCGAACUGUCCUUUCAAGGGAGAAGGUCUUUUCUUUGUAAAUGUCAUUGAACCCACUUUCUGUUUGUUGAAAUCAUUUCUGAUUGGCUCAGAUAUAUUUCUCAGAGACUUGGAAGCUCACAUUCUGUCCGUGGCAGUCCCUGUGACUGUGCUUCUCAUCUGAGAAACUCUCAGAGAGUGGGUGUUCAUCGUGUUGCAUGGCUGUGCAUCUAGACCUCCCAUGCCACGUUAAUUCUCUCUGGGCAGUAUUAUUAGCACCAUUUUUUAGUACAGGGAACUGAAGCUUAGUCUUAAAAAAAUAAGUUGCCAGCAGCCUCUCCGCAGGUGACGAUGGUGCUAGGCCCACACCCAGAUUUUUGACUCCAAAGCUAGCCUCAUUCUUUGCUUAUUUUUUUUAGCAGUUGGAAAAAAUUAUAAUUUUUGUUUUGUUUGGCCUCACUGCACAGCAUGUGGGGUCUUAGCUCCCUAACCAGAGAUUGAA